CCGGAAGUUCGUCACCAGCCAGCGUCCUUUGCCAUUUUGAGGAGAAGUAUCUGUCGAAGCUGCGUGUUUGUCGUUCAAAGGUGUUAUUGCCACAAAAUAAAACGUCGCCAUGGCUAUGCAAGCAGCAAAACGCGCUAACAUCCGGUUACCUCCUGAGGUGAACAGAAUCCUGUAUGUCAGGAAUCUUCCGUAUAAGAUCACAGCAGAGGAAAUGUAUGACAUCUUUGGGAAAUAUGGGCCAAUACGUCAGAUCAGAACAGGGAACACACCUGAAACAAGAGGAACUGCCUAUGUCGUAUAUGAAGACAUCUUCGAUGCCAAGAACGCCUGUGACCACCUGUCAGGCUUCAAUGUCUGCAAUCGUUACCUCGUGGUCCUCUACUACAAUGCAAACAGAGCUUUCCAGAAAAUGGACACAAAGAAGAAAGAAGAACAGCUGAAGUUGCUAAAAGAGAAAUAUGGCAUCAACACAGACCCUCCAAAGUAGUCUUCAUAAAGCCCCCCCCCCUCCCGUUCCAAAUCUAAACUUCACAUGUUGCUCUGUUUGUACUGGUGAUGAUGUACUACUACAGUUGUUGAAAAUACAACCUUAUUUGUAUGUUUUCUGAUUUUCAUUAUCAAAUCUGUACGAACCCUCAGGUUAGACUGGCAGUAUUUGAGUUCAGACUGGGGCUGAACUGUUGUUCUGUAUGCAGUUACAAAGAAUAUGCCUGGUCUCAAAAUUUGCUCGUCAGUUUAACUUUCAGACUUCCAGUUUUUGUUGUGUUCCUGUCAAAGUGAUUGACAGGCAAGACAACCUCUUUAGCAGGAGACAUGUCCUAGUUUUCACCAGGGCAACAUGUUAAAAUCUGCUAGAGCACAUUGCUUUACUCUCUCUACUUUUUUUUCCCUCACACUUUUAAUUUAAAGCUGUGGUUUUUCACUUCUAUAAAAUAAAUCUUUUUUUUUUUCUAAAA